AGAUCCGAAGAGAGCCCAGGCGCCGCCAGUAGCUUUAGCUGUGGGACAUUGAAUGACUUUGUGCGACAGGGGGAAGAAAGUAGCCUAUUUUUGACAGGUCGGGAUUCACAUCGGAGCUCAUGGAGGCCCUCAUUCCUGUGAUAAACAAACUGCAGGAUGUGUUUAACACGGUCGGCGCAGACAUUAUCCAGCUGCCGCAGAUAGUUGUGGUGGGAACUCAGAGCAGUGGGAAGAGUUCAGUUUUAGAGAGCCUGGUCGGCAGGGACCUCCUGCCACGCGGCACCGGCAUCGUCACACGCCGACCGCUUAUCCUACAGCUAGUGCACAUCGACCCGGAGGACCGGAGGAAAACCUCUGAAGAGAAUGACUCCAAGAAAAAUGGACGCCUUUACAGAGGCAUCGACGGAGAGGAGUGGGGUAAAUUCCUACACACCAAAAACAAGAUCUACACAGACUUUGAGGAGAUCAGGCAAGAAAUUGAAGCUGAAACUGAAAGAAUUUCUGGCAAUAACAAGGGUAUUAGUGAUGAACCCAUUCACCUGAAAAUCUUCUCACCACACGUUGUGAAUCUCACGUUGGUUGACCUUCCGGGUAUUACAAAGGUACCAGUGGGAGACCAGCCCAAAGACAUCGAGAUCCAGAUCAAAGAAUUGAUCCUCAAGUACAUCUCCAACCCCAACUCAAUCAUCCUGGCUGUGACUGCUGCCAAUACAGACAUGGCGACCUCAGAGGCCCUUAAAGUAGCUCGCGAGGUUGACACAGAUGGCAGGAGGACACUAGCAGUGGUGACUAAGCUGGAUCUGAUGGAUGCUGGUACAGAUGCCAUGGAUGUAUUAAUGGGCAGAGUCAUUCCUGUCAAACUGGGGAUUAUUGGAGUAGUUAACAGGAGUCAGUUGGAUAUCAAUCAGAAGAAGUUGGUGGCAGAUUCAAUCCGGGAUGAAUACGCCUUCCUACAAAAGAAGUACCCCUCCCUUGCAAACAGGAAUGGAACUAAAUAUCUGGCCAGAACAUUGAACAGGUUACUCAUGCACCACAUCAGAGACUGUCUUCCUGAGCUGAAGACGAGGAUCAACGUGCUGGCAGCGCAGUAUCAGUCUCUACUCAACAGUUACGGUGAACCUGUCGAUGACAAGAGCUCCACGUUGCUGCAGCUCAUCACCAAGUUUGCUGCAGAGUACUGCCACACCAUAGAGGGCACAGCCAAGUACAUUGAGACAGCUGAACUAUGUGGUGGAGCAAGAAUCUGUUAUAUAUUUCAUGAAACGUUUGGUCGCACAUUGGAGUCGGUUGAUCCUCUUGGCGGUCUGACAACCAUCGAUGUGCUCACAGCAAUCAGAAAUGCAACGGGCCCAAGGCCUGCUUUAUUUGUGCCUGAGGUUUCCUUUGAGCUGCUGGUGAAGCGGCAGGUCAAGCGUCUGGAGGAGCCCAGCCUGCGCUGCGUGGAGCUGGUCCAUGAGGAGAUGCAGAGGAUUAUCCAACACUGCAGCAACUACAGCACACAGGAGCUGCUGAGGUUUCCAAAGCUCCAUGAUGCCAUAGUAGAAGUGGUCACCUCGUUACUCAGAAAAAGACUCCCUGUCACCAAUGAAAUGGUUCACAACCUGGUUGCCAUUGAGCUGGCCUACAUCAACACCAAGCACCCAGACUUUGCUGAUGCCUGCGGCCUCAUGAACAAUAACAUAGAAGAGCAGAGACGCAACAGAAUGAGAGACCUCCCUGCUGGUGUCCCCAGAGACAAGUCCUUUAAAGGCCCAGGUGGGCAAUCUCUCUCCCCCACCGACCAUCCUCCCCCCGAGAGUGAGGUUGCCAAGGCAGCAGCUGGUGGCUCUCAGAGUGGCUCUGUCCCCGAGCAGACAGACAGCGGGACGGGGAACUGGAGGGGCAUGUUGAAGAGAGGAGAGGAAAAUGCAGCUGGAGACAGGGCGAUGCCCCAACCCCACUUCGCUUCCAGCCAACAGAAGGGCUACGCUGUCAACCUGCUAGAUGUGCCUGUUCCAGUAUCCAGGAAGUUGUCUGCUCGGGAGCAGAGGGACUGUGAGGUCAUCGAGAGACUCAUCAAGUCAUACUUCCUUAUCGUUCGGAAAAACAUCCAGGACAGUGUACCCAAGGCAGUGAUGCACUUCCUGGUGAACCAUGUGAAGGACAGCCUGCAGAGUGAGCUGGUGGGUCAGUUAUACAAGACGGCCCUGCUGAACGACCUGCUGACAGAGUCCGAGGACAUGGCUCAGAGACGCAACGAGGCUGCUGAUAUGCUCAAGGCAUUGCAGAAAGCCGGUCAGGUGAUAGCAGAGAUCAGAGAAACCCACAUGUGGUGAGGGCGGCCUCUCUUCGGCAGGCUCUCUUCAUCCCACAUGGACCCUCGCCCUCUUGGACCAUCGAUCCCUUCUGUAACCCCUGCUGAGUCUCCCAGCACCUCAGACUGCCGAGACGGAACAAGUUGAAAAUGCACUGGUGUGGAUAUGUGUAUAUCGAAACAUAGUUUUAAUGUACAGUAAGGACUUAAUGACUUUAUUGAAGGGCAGUACAUAUCGGUCCCUCGCCAUCGGCAUCACACAUGCUCCUGCCCUAGAUUAUUCUAUUUUUUCUUAUGUGAUUAAAACAAUAUAUAGAUAAUGUUAUGCAUCACCACUAUGUGGAGCCUUGCUGAGGAUUGUCUGCUCUUAAUGUAGAUUUGAAUUAAAGCUAGAAAUAACAAACCCACGCUACAUGUAGAUGCUCUCUUUAUCAUGUCGUCUUUUAUGAGAUGUUGACAAAAUGUGUGUUUGCUGCUAAUUGUUCCAAAGAACUGCACUUACGGUAUUUUUAUUAGGAAAGUACUCCACCAUUUUUACACUGUUUCCUCUUAGUAAAAGCAUUAUAUGGUAUGGAUUACAUUACAUCAGACCCGUAUUUGUGUUUUUGUUUACCUUAUUCAACAAGAUAACAUUAUUUGAGGUUUCAGUGAGCUGUUAGAGAAGCUGCUUAAGAUUUUGUAUAAACGUGUUAUGUACUGUAUGUGAGACAGAAAACAGACAACCUGCAUAGUUUGCAGAGAGGCAGCAGAGUGGAUGUAAUGACCUAUUUAUUGUUUUGAUGUCAUGAUAAUUGACAUGUAACCCAACACAACAGAAGAAUGAAUGCACACACAAUAGACACAUAGGCCAAUCACUGGUGUGGCGGUCUGCCUCGUCCCCGUCUGGCUGCUCCUUUACCUCAGCCGGCCACCCAUCUUGCCCUUGCCGCGACCUUUGGCGCUGAAAGUGUGCAGGUAAAGCAAAGAAGACAGUGAGUUUAGCACAGAUGGGGUGCAUUCGAUUGCAGCACUCAGCAUAUCAACCAAGAAAAGUGUGUGAACAGGGUGUAGUUUGGUUUGUACAAUACUGAUGGUAAGAAAAACAGAAACCCCACCCCGAACCACAUGAUGUUUUUAAUCCUUCAAGACAAGCUCACACAGAAGGAAUAAAAUGUCCCCAUGUGCGAAUAUCCUUCCUGCAAAUGGCAUUAUGACGGUACACAGUGUUUCUGGAGAUUGCAGCAUAGUAGCUCUCAGGCUUGCAGCCACUUUUCUGACAUAAAAUAAGUUUUGCUUGAAUCAGAAUUGUAAGAAUAUGGUAAAGGAUGUGUGUCCCUAAUGACGUUACAAAUAAAAGCACAGUUUCUUUCCUCUGA